ACAUCCAACAGCCAAACCAAGCCACAAGCACCCAAAUCAUCCAUCUCUCUCGUUUUUUCAUUUCUCCAACUCAAGAACAAAACAAUGAAGGCCUCAUGGGUGGCCAUAUUGACAAUAAUAGCAGUUAUUUUGAUGUCAGAGUCAAAUGAAAUGGCAAUGGUGGAAGCCGUGACAUGCAACCCGAUGCAAAUGAGCCCUUGUAUUAGCGCCAUCAUAUCAUCAACGCCGCCCUCCAAGCUGUGCUGUGCCAAGAUCAAGGAGCAGAAGCCUUGCCUCUGUGAUUACCUCAAGAACCCUUCUCUCAGGAACUUUGUGGACUCUCCAAAUGCCAGGAAAGUCGCCAAUGACUGUGGAACUCCUUUUCCCACUUGCUGAAAAAUUAUUCACAGGCCGUUUUGAUUUAAGUACGUGUGUGUAUUGAUAUGUGAUCGUCUUGUGUCGUCUAUGUGUUGCAGUGGUUUUUUCAUAUCAGUAUGGCUACGUUUUGUAACUGUGUUUUGUUGUGUUGUGUUCUCUGUGUUGUUCAAUAAUAAUGGGAACUUCGAGUUGGUAUUAUAUUUAUAUGA